GGCUGGCGCAGCCGCCCCGGCUGCCCACAGAAGCAGCUUUUAUGAUGUUCCAUUGUGGGACUAGAUUAUGAGUGCCAACAAGAAUACCCGCUACAAUCGUUUCUCCAGCAGUAACUCUCCAACAGUAACCCUCCCAGAAAACACUAACGGGACAAGAAUGGAAACUACUUUUGGAUCUACGUAUUCUGCGGUGACCACCAUCACCAAAGCAGACGGAAGCAGUACGUUCAAACAGCAUCGCCCGACGCCAUCCUCCUCAAGUACGCUCACCUAUUCCCCCCGUGACGAGGAUGAUGGCAUGCCGCCAAUCACCCGUCGGUCUGACUCUGCCAUCUCCGUUCGCUCAUUGCAUUCGGAGUCCAACAUGUCCCUGCGCUCAACAUUCUCUCUCCAUGAGGAAGAGGAGGAGCCAGAGCCUCUGGUGUUUGCCGAGCAGCCUUCUGUGAAACUCUGUUGCCAGUUGUGUUGCAGCGUGUUUAAAGAUCCCGUGAUCACGACCUGUGGGCACACAUUUUGCAGGAGAUGUGCCUUAACCUCUGAGAAGUGCCCAGUGGACAAUGCCAAACUGACGGUGGUGGUCAACAACAUUGCAGUGGCUGAACAAAUUGGGGAGCUCUUCAUUCACUGCAAGUACGGCUGCCGGUCCACCGUGAGUGGCAAACCUUCAGCCUUUGAGGUGGACCCCCAUGGGUGCCCCUUCACCAUUAAACUGAGUGCCAGGAAGGACCAUGAAGGCAGCUGUGACUACCGGCCAGUGCGCUGCCCCAACAAUCCCAGUUGCCCUCCGUUGCUCAAGAUGAACCUGGAGGCACAUCUCAAGGAGUGUGAGCACAUCAAGUGCCCUCAUUCCAAAUACGGGUGUACAUUCAUAGGAAACCAGGAUACAUAUGAGACUCACCUGGAAAUGUGCAAAUUUGAGGGCCUGAAGGAGUUCCUCCAGCAAACAGAUGACCGCUUCCACGAGAUGCAAGUGGCAAUGGCUCAGAAGGACCAGGAGAUUGCCUUCCUGCGCUCCAUGCUGGGCAAGCUUUCAGAGAAGAUAGACCAGCUGGAGAAGAAUUUGGAACUGAAGUUUGAUGUACUGGAUGAGAACCAGAGCAAGCUGAGUGAAGAUCUGAUGGAGUUCCGGCGGGAUGCCUCCAUGCUCAAUGAUGAACUGUCUCAUAUCAAUGCCCGGCUGAACAUGGGGAUUCUGGGCUCCUAUGACCCUCAGCAGAUUUUCAAGUGCAAAGGCACUUUUGUUGGUCACCAGGGCCCUGUCUGGUGCCUCUGUGUCUAUUCCAUCGGUGACCUUCUCUUCAGUGGCUCUUCUGACAAAACUAUCAAGGUGUGGGAUACCUGUACCACUUACAAGUGCCAAAAGACCUUGGAAGGUCAUGAUGGGAUUGUCCUGGCGCUCUGCAUCCAGGGGAACAAACUGUAUAGCGGCUCUGCCGAUUGCACCAUUAUUGUUUGGGAUAUUCAGACUUUGCAGAAAGUCAACACCAUCCGUGCGCAUGACAACCCUGUGUGCACUCUUGUCUCCUCGCACAACAUGCUCUUCAGCGGCUCAUUGAAAGCCAUUAAGGUUUGGGACAUUGUAGGCACUGAGCUGAAAUUGAAAAAGGAGCUGACAGGCCUCAAUCACUGGGUCCGUGCGCUUGUGGCGUCCCAGAAUCACCUGUACAGUGGCUCCUACCAAACUAUUAAGAUCUGGGACAUCCGGAACCUGGAAUGUGUACAUGUCCUGCAGACGUCUGGGGGCAGCGUCUAUUCCAUUGCGGUCACCAACCAUCACAUCGUCUGCGGCACUUACGAAAAUCUCAUUCACGUGUGGGAUAUUGAGUCAAAAGAGCAGGUUCGCACUCUAACGGGACACGUGGGCACCGUGUACGCUCUGGCAGUCAUCUCUACGCCGGACCAAACCAAAGUCUUCAGCGCUUCGUAUGAUCGGUCAUUGCGGGUAUGGAGUAUGGACAAUAUGAUCUGCACCCAGACACUCCUGCGACACCAGGGCAGCGUCACAGCACUGGCUGUUUCCAGGGGCCGCUUGUUCUCGGGGGCCGUCGACAGCACCGUAAAGGUUUGGACGUGCUAGUGAGUGCCGCCCUCCGUUUGGGACGCCAGGCUACCAAAUAUUCUUCAGCUCACCCUUGAUGUACUGUGCUCCUUCUCUCUGGGCCCUCCACUCCCCAGCAGCUGCGCGAGAGCUUUGGGCCACAUACCUCAGCACUGCCCCGUGAUGCAGCAGGCUCCUUCCCAGGGAGGACUCUUGCCAAUGAACCACCUCCAGCUCCAGUUUCUGGUCUGGCUCUUCCUGGGAGAGGAGGUUGGUGGGACGCUGUCUCAGCUGCGAGCAGUGGCAACGAAGGCCUUCCUGUUUGGCCUCUGCUCCUCAAGGAUAGGAUGGGAUUGUCUCUAACAGCAGCUUUUCUGUGAAGCCGGUUUGGCUCAGUCUGCAUGGGCACGCAGAGUACCUUGCCAAGAGGAGGACCUCUCUCUGUUCUGGUAUUUAAAUUAUUUGCUACGCUCUUUCAUUUGUGUCCACAGCCAGUGAUAAAAACCCAUUUUCCUGUCAUGUAACCAGGUACGAUUUUUAUGUCCCCACUUCAUCCUUGUUAUCAGGUAUCCUAAGGCCCCCCUCUUCAGAGCAUCACAUCAUCACGGCCUCCGUGGGAAAGGCAGGAGAGCCAACGGUUGUGUUUUUAUGGACAUUUUCUACUGUUUUUAAGAUUGUGAUAUAGAUUUGGAUUAUUUCUUCCUUACCAAUAAAAAUGGACCAUUGUUUUA